UCUUAGCUAAAUAGUAUUGCUAAGUGUUUCAGUUUUGGUUUCAGGCGGAACUGAGAAAUAGAAGAGUUCAAUUUAACGUUGGUUAAGGCACUGUCUUCUUCGUGAGCUCAUUUUUAAUUUCUUGCUUUUGAUAUUUUCUGAUGUACCAGAACAAUAUUGCUUUUGAAUGCAAAAUAUAGAUUACUGCACAUCAAUAUUUUUUAGGGAAAUUAGAAGAAAUGCUUCUAAAAUGAUAGGCAAAGAGUGCUACUACUUGAGAUGGUGGAAGGGCCACUUAAUCAUGGAAACAGACAAGAAGACGUUCAUUUAUAUUUUUAUGCCUACCCAAGUGUUUCUAAUUGGUUGUCUCAAAAUGUUGAUUUCGUAUUGUUCUUCAAAUUUAUCAUGGAUGCUCGAGAAAAAUCAAGAGCCACAAUAUUGGAAUCAUCAAAGCAUAAUAGGGUCCCCAUAUUUGUCAUGAUGCCAGUGAACACGCUUGGCAUUGAUUCUUCUGGGAGUCCAAGGAUCAGAAAAAUCAAGGCCUUAACCAUAUCUCUAAGAGCACUCAAGUUGGCAGGUGUCUAUGGAAUUGCAGUAGAGAUUGGUGGUCACAACAAGGAUAUCUGUUAUCGAGAUAAAAAUGGGUUUUCCAAUGAUGAUUAUCUUACACUAGGAGUGGACCAACUUCCUCUUUUUUAUGGCCGGACUGCCUUCCAAUGUUAUGAAGACUUCAUGCUUAGUUUUGUUAGCAAAUUUGACACUUAUAUUGGGAGUGUAAUUGAAGAAAUAAGUGUUGGUCUUGGUCCUUCUAGAUAACUAAGGUACUUUAAAGCUAUUGUUUUAUAACCAAAAGCUUCGAGCGAUUGUAACAUUUUGUUAUGGAUAAUUCCAUGCAGGUAUCAUGCACUUCCUUUUGGUGAUGGUAGAUGGAAAUUUCCUGGAAUUGGUGAAUUCCAGUGUUAUGACAAGUACAUGAUGGAGGACUUAAAGAUGGCUGCAUGUAAGGAAGGAAAGCCUCAAUGGGGAGAUAGGGGACCUCAAAAUGCUGGUUGCUACAACAGUCUUCCACCUGGUGUUCCUUUUUUCGAAGAUGGACAGGAGAGCUUUCUUUCCAAUUAUGGUCGUUUCUUCCUUGUACGUAUAAUGUGCAGUAAUCUAUUUUA